AUGCAAAAAGCUGAGUCACCAGCACACAAAAAAUAUAAACUGAACCGGUACCUCGAAGACAUCGUCCCAAACGGCAACCGGAGCAGUCAGGAUAUUCGAUUGAACGCAGUGACGCAAAUCGGGCUUUCCGAGCAUCCAGCUAAAAACUUGGUACCGCUUUUGAAGAAAGUCGAAUCUCUCAUCAAAUUCAUCGUGACUAUAAAGAAGCUCGAGCUCACCAAUGAAAAUAGAGCAGCAAUAAUCGAAGACUGCACGCCAGGGACGACAAUUAUUCCACUUCCCAAGAAUAUGCGACUUUAUUAG